GCUCGCGGUGCGCACUUUGUGCUUCAUCUGUCCGUCAUACAGAUCGCACGAUCGGUCUCGACAGCUAUACACUCUUCGCUUUCUAUCUCGCCAAAACUUUUCCCGCUACGUUUGUAACUGCAGGUUAUCGCUUGCAUUCGUGCGUCGUUUUUUCCCGCCUUUCUGGACGGACUUUUUCGACAAGUUGGACUCUCCUCUUACGUGUCAGCGUACAACUCGCAGGGUCCAAAGAUGCCGUUGUCAGAGUUCCGCAAGAAAAAAUUACUCUUCGUCUUCAACGCUUUUUUCGAUGUUAAUGAAAGUGGUACCAUCGACGUAAAGGAUUUUGAUCUCGCUGUGCAACGAAUUUGCAAUUCUAAGCAUUGGCAACCGAGCGAUGCCACAUCGAAACACAUUAAGGAUACUUUGACUAAAGUCUGGGAAGGACUGCAGUCACGAGCUGAUGCCGAUCAGGACGGACAGAUCAGUCGAGACGAGUGGUAUUCGAUGUGGGAAGAGUACGCAAAAGAUCCAGCAAACGCACUCGAAUGGCAACAAACAUACAUGAAUUUCAUGUUCGAUCUCGAAGAUUCAUCCGGUGAUGGAUCGAUCGACGAGACCGAAUUCAGCAAGGUGUGCAGCAGUUAUGGCGUUGACGAGGCCGAGGCACGCGAGGCGUUCAAGAAACUAGGGGUGGGUAAGGAAGUGACUCGCGAAAAAUUCGCCGAUCUAUGGAAGCAAUAUUUCUGCUCCGACGAUCCGAACGUACCUGGAAACUUUAUAUUCGGAAAGACCUCUUUCUAACUCUGCCACCCCGUGAGAUUGAAAAACAACGCACGUACAUAAUAUAUAUAUAUAUAUAUAUAUAUAUAUAUAUAUAUGCAUAUAUAUGUAUAUUACGACAGAUUAUUUUAUGUAAACGUAUGAAUUAAAGAGGUAGGCGUAACUCUAUGUAAUCUACUAGUCACGAUUCUAUUUCAUUUACUGCUCUCCUAUAUCUUUCGUAUCAAAAUACUGUAAUUAUAAUUAACAAUCGAGAAAACUUUAUAUUAUCUCUCUAUGCUCUUCAACACUAUUCUCCGUAUAAUUAUAGCAUGUUUAAAUCUCAGUUACUAAUAUUAUAAAGUGGCUUUGGCCAAGUUGAAUGAAACUAUGCGAAAUAAAUUCUCUUUCUAAUUUUAUUUAUCCCGUUACUAAGUUUUUAUUGCACGUGCGAUCAAUCAAUGCGCAAUAAAACACAGAGUUCAACAGAAUCGAAGUUAAAUCUAAUUUGCAGCUUUUCCUUCCAUUGUUCUGCAUAAUAAUACAUUGUCCCUUUAACGGCACACAUUUGCAACGAUUUCCCAAAUAAUUCCAAAUUUCCCGCUUUGCAUUUCUAAUGUUCUAUAUACACGGCCGAAAUAUUUCAAAAAAUCUAAUAAGAUUGAUUAAUUUCUUCGACUGCGAACUUUCUUACGCUAAAUAUUUCAUAGUGUGAGUACGUGCUAGAAUUAAGUAUCUUUAUUAUCUUUACGGCGCAUAUCGAUCCAUCACCGCCGAAGAGCUAAUUAUGUCGUAUAACGUGUAAAUAAACGCCCUUGUGAAUUAUAAAAAUUACGCUGUUUCGAUACGCGAAGAGUGACGCGGCUGGUAAUAAUUGAGGUGCGCUUUUCGUUGCAUAAUUUAUAAAAAUUCCGUGAAAGUCUCUUUCUUUCUUGUUAUGUACAUCUUUUCGGUCUGAAUGUAUGCUAAUUAUAAACGAUACCCAAUUCACUAAAAUUGAUUGGAACAUGCCGCCAGAAAAAGAGCGAGGCUUCUCUUUGGUCUGCGAAAAGAUAUUUUAAGAACAGAGAGCAAACGGUAUUACAAACACGCGCACCUCUUACAAUCAUGGUAUAUUUUUUUUCAAAGCACUACGGCAUACGUUCGUUUUACGGUACCGUUAUUUAAUUUUGUUUUAUACUUUUAUAUAUAUAAUCUUCCUUUUUUGGUUUUAAAAUUUAAAUCGUUCUGUUUCGGUACAUUCGAAUAUUUUCGCAUUGUUGAAUAGGGGAAUUCAAUUGUAUUACGAAAAGCUGCGUAAACGAAAAAAGGAAACUACCCGGAAAAAAAUAUAAAGGGGUAAACGCACGCUGAUUGAUUAACAACUGCUCACCAUGCAAUGAUGCACGAGAUUGUUGUUACGUUGCGUUCGUAUCGUUAAAUCAAAUCACGUAUAUUUAUAUAUACGUUGAAUGAGAAUUGAAUUUUACACGGAUGGUCAAUCAACUAGCGAUUAACUAGUGCGAUUAUUGAUAUUUCACUGUUAAUUGCUAUUACGUUCUGUUACAAAUUUGUGACAAAAUUUUCAUUGAAUGUAGAUAUCAUUGUUUGUGUCAUUGUAUAUUAUAUAAUUAAGAGUACAUUUGUGUCAAAGGUAUAUCAUUAUGAAAUUAAUACAUGUCUUUUGGAAAUUAAUGAUUAUUGUAAUAAUGUGUGCAUUAUAUAGUUAGAGAAUUGUUUGUGAAAAAUAUGGAAUUGUAAUUUGCGUAUUUUAAUAUUAAUUUCAAUCAGCUGAUAAUUCUAUUUUAUCCGGUACUGACAACAAUAGAAAAAUUGUAUUUUUUAGAUUCGCUUUAAUUAUCGAUCACUGCCCGUAAAGAGACAAACAUAAUAUAUACAUAUAUCGAAACAGCAGUACGUUUAAUCUAUCGAGUGUGUAAAUAAUAAUAAAUCACGAGAUGAAUAUUUUCCGUA